AUGGGGUCAGGGACCUCCUUCUUUCUCGCCCUUGACCCCACAGACCUCACUGUCGACCUGCUCGAGAAGCACCUCCUUGCAGCUGAGACUAGCAUAGUCGCUGUAGGUGCUUCUCGUGGCACUCCUCGCACUCCCUUCUUUGAGGGGUGUUCCCCCUCCCCCCUUGCCCCCUCUGUCGCUUCUGCUGCUGCUGUUGACUUCCUUCGUGCUGAGGAGGUCGGGGCUGCGUCUGCUCCUAGUGGGAGGCGCCGCAACGGCAAGGGCAAGGGAGGCAAGAGUGGUGGAGGUGGCAGCGGUGGAGGCGGUGGUGGAGGUGGUGGUGGCGGUGGUGGCGGUGGAGUGGUGGUGGGAGUGGAGGCGUCGGUGGCGGCGGUGGUGGCGGUGGGAGUGGUGGUGGGAGUGGAGGCGUCGGUGACGGCGGUGGUGGUGGUGGUGGUGGCGGCGGUGGUGGCGGCAGUGGGAGUGGUGGCGGCAACAGUGGUGACGGUCGUGGUGGAGCCGUUCAGAGGGGAGAUUCUGGCGGUGGCUAGAGGCAAUAGCAGCCUCUGCGCAAGACCCUUACGCCCCAGCAACUUCGUGAGUGCUUUGCUCAGCAUGGGGCGCCUGGGGGUAGUGUUCGCUACCCAGUUUGGCGACGAGGCUGAGCUCCCCCGCUGGUUAGAGCUGCUUAGGAACGAUGUCGAUAUCUUUGCUCUUGACUAUGAUGCUAUCUUUGCUGCCAUGUAUACUUUAACUUUCUUGCACGCUCCUCCACUGUUCUCCCGUGUCCGGCGGUUCCGUCUGGCUCACUGUCAGGUCUUCACCUCCCCUCGUUCUCUACGAACUUGGUCUCUGCCUCCCCUCCUGUCCUCGCCUGCCCUGUUCUGCCUUCCUUGCGUCGAGGGGCGGCAGCGCGCCGCUCCUCACUCCUCCUCGUUUCCCCCGACGACUGCUCCCCUGCAGACUCUCCAUAUGGACGUGUGGGGCCCCGUCCGCGUCCGUGGACAUGACCGCGAGCGAUACUUCCUGCUGGUUGUUGAUGACUACUGUCGAUACACCACGGUCUUCCCCAUGCGCAGUAAGGGGGAGGUCCCUUAUGUCUUUAUCCCUUGGAUCCACGCUGUUCGUCUCCAGCUUCGCGAGCAGUUCCGUCAGGACCUUCCUGUCCUGCGUCUGCACUCUGACAGGGGUGGUGAGUUCUCCUCCGACCUCCUGUGGGACUUUUGUCGUGGAGAGGGUUUUCUCAAGUCGUUCACGCUUCCGGCCUCCCCGCAGCAGAAUGGGAUUGCUGAGCGCCGCAUUGGCUUAGUCAUGGAGGUGGCUCAUACCUCCAUGAUCCAUGCAGCUGCUCCCCAAUUUCUGUGGCCGUUUACGGUCUGGUACGUUGCACAUCAGCUCAACCUCUGGCCCCGUGUCUCCUUGCCGGAGACCUCGCCUACACUGCGUUGGAUGGGGGAGGUUGGCGAUGUGCCGGUUUUCCGGGUCUGGGGCUCUCGUGCCUUUAUCCGCGAUACCUCCGCAGACAAGCUCUACUCCCGCGCCAUUCCCUAUGUCUUCCUUGGCUUUCCCACUGACGCGCCUGGCUGGCAAUUUUACCACCCCACCAUGCGCCGUGUCCUGUCCUCUCAGGACGUCACGUUUGACGAGUCGCUCUUCCUCGCUCCUGGUCCCCCUCCGGUAGACCCCCUCCCCUUCAAGGUCCUGCUCUUUCAGCUGAGGGGGGGUGAUGUUGCUGCUGACGACGCGGCGGCCCCUGGCCACUCACCACGCUUGGAGACCCCUCCGGGUUUUCUACCUCAACCGUCUUCGCCGCCUCUGCAGCCGGUUGCUGUCGACUCUGGUGCUCUUGGGGGUGGUGUUCCUAGAGGUGCUGAGUCUGGGGGUGCUGAGCCUGAGGGUGCGGAGCCUGGGGGUGCUGAGCCUGAGGGUGCGGAGCCUGGGGGUGCUGAGCCUGAGAGUGCGGAGCCUGGGGGUGCUGAGCCUUGGAGUGCGGAGCCUAGGUGUGCUGAGCCUAGGAGUGUCGAGCCCAUAGGGUACUGA